CUACAUACGGGCUACCAUCGGUGAAUCAGGGCGAAACGAGUCAAGAACAGGUAUUUUUCUGAUUUAGAGAUGUUUUCCGAGAUAUAGAAGAAGUUGGUGAAGACAUGGUUUUUAGAUGGUAGUUAUGCAGGUUCUUUUUGUCAUGGAUUUUAUGCGAACAAGUAGUGGGUUGCUCAGACUCGCUUCCACGUGUGCACCAAAUUAAUAAAGCAAGCCUCCGCGGGCAAUGCGGGUGUUCCCUUUUUGCAACCGCGCAUCGGGUUGCCAGCGGGUUUCAAGUUUCAUACGGCAAGCGAAAUUUCAGCCACACGACCUGCAAUGACAGUCGCGACGCCCGCCU